UUCAACGUCACAGUGUAACUGAUGGGCCUCGAUAUGGGAUAUAGGCCAAGCCAGAUGGAGUGAUAGAUAAGGUGCCAAGAUGACGGUGCCAUAAUUGGGUCCCUGCACCGUGCACGAAGGCAUUCUCCGAGUCUGAACUCUUACCGUCCCAGGAGCUGACGGCAUCAGUAUCUAUGCACUGUUAUAUAGUAAGUACCUACUUAUCGCCUUUGAAUGAACUGGCUUCUUUCCCUUACCUGUACUCAUGACUAACAGGCAGUCUCCUUGUGCUCGUUUCCCACUGAACACCCUUCAUUGGGGCAACAUUGGUCAUGCAACCACAACGCACAGCAGUAAGCCCCCAAAAACGCCUGCGCCAAUAUAUCGACAUGCUGCCCCGUCUGGACCUUGGCCGUGGAUGGACUUCGAGUCGGACAUUAUUUUAGAGACGGAACCUGUUUCCCCACUUAAACAGUCAACAGAACAAUGGAAAUGGAGAGGAUAUCCUCAAAACUUGUUUGGGAACUGGGUCGCCGAUCGAGUUGCACGAUGCAAGAUGGUCGAGAACUGUUCCAGGGAACUUCGAGAAAAAUGCAGCAUCUAUUAUGUCGAUGUGCUUCAAACCGGACACUUCAAACCGGCCAAGGACACUGAUCCACCCAUUGAGGUUGAUGAAAGCGCUUUAAGUCAGCUUUGGGAUCAAUUGCAGGUAGAGCCAACAGGUCUACGUCUCAGGAUGUUGUUCGUCGACAACAUGAAACAUCCCGUACUUCAAAUGCUGGGAACAAGGUACAAUAUCGAACCGUUCUUUUUCACGUCCUCGUUAAACUGGAUCCCUUCUCGAUACCAAGAAGAAGUUAUUAAACAAAAAGGAGAUCACAUUACGGUAACGCUGCUGUUCGUACGCACGGCACCAUGGGAAAAGACCACAGCGUCCUCGCAAAACAAGAACACUUCCGGCGGUGAAAAAGCUAUUGACACUCAGGAGUCGCUUCCUCUUCGCUCUGGUAGAGUCUUUCCCCCCAUUUUUUGUGCUGUGUUUUUCAUGUUUUCAGUCCGCUCGUCAGCGGAAAAGUACCUUCUUCAAGACAUACUCGCUCUGCACAUGAUAAGGUCAUCUGAGCCUAAUGGCAGUACUAUUAUAUCUUACCACCCUAGUGCUCGGUGGAAAAGGACGACCGCAGAGCGAUUACAAAAACUAGUCCACAAAGUGGGAGAGAGCGUGUAUUGGCAAAAGAUUUUUGAACAGUCGAAAGAUCCAACAUUUGUCUUCUUGGCCAUCCUUUGGUAUGCGCUUUACGCCUGGGACGAAUCCUUGGACCAUCUGUACACCCACAUAAACUGGCUGGAAGCAAAUGUGCUAUUGACAAAUGAUAGCCACCUCACGACUGAGUUGCACUCAAUCCAGGCUCGACUGCUCCAUUAUGCUUCACUUCUCGAGGAUUUCCGAAAAUCUGUGACCUUCGUCAAAAACACGCCGAACCCUAUUCUGGAAUCCCACGAAUUCACUGAUCACACAAAACGAGACACGAAUAAACUUAUGCGGAAGGAAUGCGACAAUCUGCUUUCGGAAGUUGACAGGCUGGGUUUCCAGUUGAGAAAUAUCACAGACCUCGCUAAGGCGACCGUGAACUUCGUUGACAGUCGACGGAUGCAAGAUCUGACGACAGCAACGGUCCGUGAUUCGGCCGCUAUGAAACAGAUUUCUUACCUUACAAUGAUUUUCCUCCCUGCCAGCUUCGUUGCGGCGGUAUUUGGUAUGAAUGUCAGGGAAGUCACGCCCGAUGCCACGGAAACCAUAGCCAAUUACGCGGCAGUUGCUGUUUCGUUUACUGUGCUCACUGCAUGGCUUGUAGUUGCAUUCCAAUCUCAGUCCCCCUUCCACGAGCCAGGAUCUGGAUUUUGGCGGCGUCUUGCUUGGCCAGUUUCAUAUGUCAUAAGACCCACAGGCCUGCGGCGGUCGCUCAAAAGCCAACCCGUUGGACUUCUGUAGGCAGAACCUUUUUAUUUACCCAUCAAUGUCAGCGUGAUGACUGAACUAAAUAUUAUGAGAUAAUUGCAUUUUUAGACUGGCUGUUUCUUUACGAGUUAUGACUUGAUACUGUACUAAGUAUGUCGUAUAUUUAGAUUUAAAUAUACCCAGUUUCCUCGGCUCUGAACUUGCGCUUAU